AUGACAUCUGUCGCCGGACAUGUGUUUGGUAUUGAUUUUGUGCCGAGAUACAACAAUUGGGAUAAAGUAGAUCCUGCCGAAUUAUUCAGUGCUGAGACAUUGAAAAAAGAAGCGACUCCCAAUCAUAAGAUGCCCGCAUUUUUAGAAAAAGAAGCCCGUGGUUGCGAUGUUAUUGUAUUAUGGUUAGAUUGUGAUAAGGAAGGAGAAAAUAUUUGUUUUGAAGUUAUUGAUUGCAUCCAACCUGUUAUUGAUCCACGAGCAAAGAUUUACCGUGCAAAAUUUAGCUCAAUCACUGAUAAAGAUAUAAGACAAGCAUUUACAACAUUGGGUUAUCCAGAUAAAAAUCAGUCAUUAGCCGUUGAUGCUCGACAAGAACUUGAUCUUCGUAUUGGAUGUGCCUUCACACGAUUUCAAACAAAAUUUUUUCAAGGCAAGUAUGGGGAUUUGGACAGCAGUUUAAUCUCUUAUGGUCCUUGUCAAACGCCAACGUUAGCGUUUUGUGUUGAUCGUUACGAUAAAAUGCAAUCAUUUCAAUCCGAACCUUAUUGGUUGUUGAUAGUAGAAAUAACACAUAAAGGUGGAAAAACAAUGCGUUUACGGUGGGAGCGUGGACACUUGUUUGACAAAGAAAUUGCCUACCUUUUUCUUAAUACUGUUAAAGCAUCAAAUAACGUUCGUGUUGUUUCUGUUUCAACUCAACAGAAACAUAAAGGACGUCCUAAUGCAUUGAAUACAGUUGAGCUUCUUAAAGUUGCGAGUGCUGGUCUUGGUAUGAGUCCUCAUCAUGCAAUGCAAAUCGCUGAACGCCUAUACACUCAAGGUUUUAUUAGUUAUCCAAGAACGGAAACAACCCAAUAUGCUGAGAAUGCUGAUUUACGUGGAGUUUUACGCGAGUUAUCCAAAACUACUGGUGCUGAUUGGAAUAUACAUAUUCAAAGUUUAUUGUCUGAUGGAAAAUUUCAACAUCCAAAGAAAGGAAAAGACGUUGGAGAUCACCCUCCCAUUACACCUGUACGAGCAGCAAAUCAAUCUACGUUGACCGGAGACUAUUGGCGUGUGUAUGAUUACAUCGCAAGACACUUCAUAGCCACAGUUAGUCCAGAUUGUAUUUAUGAAGAAACAACAGUGUACUUUGAAAGUGCCAAUGAAUCGUUUACAUUUACUGGAAAAAAUGUCAUUGAACCCGGUUAUACGGCUAUUAUGUCGUGGAAGAAAAUUGUCGAUGAUGAAGCGAUACCACCUUGUGCAAAUGGUGAUAUAUAUCCAAUAUCAGAUAUAAAACUAGAUGAACGACACACAUCACCACCAGAUUAUUUGACCGAAAGUGAAGUCAUAACAUUGAUGGAAAAACAUGGCAUUGGAACAGAUGCUAGUAUACCGGUGCAUAUAAAUAACAUAUGUGAAAGAAACUAUGUCAAAGUCGAUUCUGGACGACGACUUGUUCCAACAACACUCGGAAUUGUUUUAGUGCACGGAUAUCAGAAAAUAGAUCCGGAAUUAUCGUUACCGCACAUGCGUUCCUCAGUCGAGACAGAAUUGAACGAAGUAAGUUUUAUAAUGUGCAACGUUAAUUAUCAACAUGUAUUAACACACGUCCUUAAAAUAUUUGAACAAAAAUUUCAUUAUUUCGUGCAAAAUAUACAAGGAAUGGAUUCACUAUUCGAAGACUCUUUUUCACCAUUAUCAGCGAGUGGAAAACCAUGGUCAAGAUGUGGAAAAUGUCGACGGUAUAUGAAAUUAAUACAGUCAAAACCAAAUCGUUUACAUUGCGAAAAUUGUAAAGAUACGUAUAAUUUACCACAAAAUGGUCUUAUUAAACCAUAUAAAGAAAUUAAAUGUCCAUUAGAUGAAUUUGAACUCGUUUUGUACGCGUCAAACAAAGGCAAAAAUUUUUCAUUAUGUCCAUAUUGUUUCAAUAAUCCUCCAUUUAAUGAUAUGAAAAAAGGUCAAGGUUGUAAUGAAUGUACACACCCAACAUGUCGAAAUGCGUUUAGUCAACUUGGUGUUUGUGCUUGUUAUAUAUGUCAACGUGGAAUAUUUGUAUUGGAUAAUUCCACGGCACCAAAAUAUCGUCUAGCGUGCAACAAAUGUCAGUUUAAUAUUGUUUUGCCCGAUGCUAUAUUAAAAGUCCAAGUUAAAGAUCAUUAUUGUCCGCAGUGUGAUUCUGCUCUGUUAGAUAUUGAAUUUCAGAAAAGAACAACAAAUUAUAUGGAAAAUGCAAGAGGAAAUGCUGCUCGUGGUGGUUAUGGAGAUCGAGGUGGUUAUCAAAGAGGAAGAGGCGGUUCGCGUGGCGGAAGAGGACGAGGACGUGGUGGUAGAGGACGAGGCUCUAGUCGAGGACGCUCUCGUGGAAGAUCCGGAAAUCGAUAA